CGAGGCGGGCGCAGAGGAGGCUGCUGCCGACGAGGCGCUGCUGGCCGCCGCGAUGGCCGAGCUGCGAGACGCGUGGCGAGGCGCGGCGCCGGCGGAAGGGCCGGAGGCCCGGCUGCAGGUGGAUGCGCAGGGCGUGCCCGGGCUGCACGUCGCGACCGACGUCCUCUCUUCGGCGGAGGUCGAGGCGCUGCGCACGGUGCUCGGCGCGCACCGCGCGUGGGUGCAAGUGACGUAUGGCGCGGCGGGGAGGUACCACGACCUCACCUCCGCGGUGGAGCGCGUCGACUUUUGCCCCGCCGAGGCGGAGGCGGAGGCGGAGGGGGAGGGGUCGCGUCUGGAGGGGUCUCGGAUGUGGCCGCUCGACGAGACGCACGCCGAGCUGCUGCGGCUGGUCGAGGGACGCCUCCGCGCGGUCUUCGCGCCGACGGGGCUGUGGGGCGGGGCGGCGCCGGCCGACGGGCCCGCCGCUGUCGUGCCAAACGCGCUGCAGCUCACGCGGGUCAGCGCCUUCAACCACAUCGCGAACCACUACGACGUGCGCGACAUGUGGAAGGAGGGGAUCGCGACGCUGGCGUGGUCCGAGCUGCCGACCGAGGGCGAGCUGCGCGGCGAGGCCUUCUCGCUCUGCAUGCAGCUCGGCGCCAAGAAGGCGGGGCGGAGGACGGUGCAGGUGCCGCUGCCGCCCGGCUCGGCAUACGUCCUCACGGGGGCGUCGCAGGGCGCCACCCGCACCUGCAGCUUGCGCCACGUCGGGCGGGCGGCGUGCAGCUGCUGCUGGACACACGGCGUGACGCUGAGCGGGCCGGCGAGGGUGAGCCGCCAGUCGCUCACUUUGCGCGCGCUCGCCGACGACGAGUCGGACUCGGAUUCGGAGGCGGAGGGCGGCGGCGGCGGGGGCGGCGACGAACCGCUUGCUUCCGACGGGGCGUGAGCGAAGAAGGAGGUUUGUGGCGAGCAAAGAGCUGUUUGCCGCGAGUGGCUUCGUAGCCGGAGAAUGUCGAGCGCGCGAGAUUGCGGAUCCGAGCGCACAACCCUCAACCGGUCUCCACCAGAGCGAUGACGAUGUCAGACGGACAUGAUAUCGGAUUGAGAGAUCACACAACAGAGAGAUUUUGAGGAUUUGAGAGAUCACAGGCGCGUGGUUUUUGUGCGUCCUCGUGAGGCGUCGUUGACGAUUGAGGCUUAUCCUUAUGCCUUAACUCUU